AUGUUUAAGAAAGAGCAUUUUAAUAGGUUAAAGAAAAUAAGUGUUGGCAAGGUGCUCGGAGAAAUCAUUUUGUUUAUACGAGCUCACUCAAAAAUAUUGGUUAUUGACUCGAUAUUGGUGUUACUUGUAAAUACUACUAAAAUCUGUCAGUACGAAAAAUCAUAUAGCUCCUACCCAAAACAAAUGAAAAAUGCAAAUGUACCAUCCUUUGAUGCAUUCGAUGCGCUGAUGAUUGAAAUAAUCAAAUAUUCAAAUUCCGUUUCAAGUGAUGACUCGGAUAUUCGUUUUCUUGAAUCCCUUGGUGUAAACGUAAGCGAAAAGUUAAUCGAAAAAGCUACAAAAGAUCAUGCCAGGUUUAUCAAUGAAUUAGAUAUUGUUAAAUAUGUAUGCACAGAAUUUUGGUCAUCCGUAUACCACAAACAAGUUGAUACGCUUAAAACCAAUUACCAAGAUGUUUACGUUCUGAUUGUUAAUGAUUUUCAGCCUUUAGUGAAAUUCGAAAGUAUCCCAGAAGGCAUAUCAGAAAUCCCAAAGUAUCUGGCGUUCCCUUCAGGACUUUUGAAAGGAGCUUUAUGUAGUCUUGGAUUGAAUUGUGUUGUAGCAGCAGAUUGUGAACAACCACCUACAUUCUUGCAGAAAACAACUCUCCCAUUUAUACUGUUAUUUAUGUUCCAUAACCAGAGCGACCGACAACGUUUACUUAAACGAUCAUCACUUAUACUUGGUGUAACGCACCUUUAUCUAAUUAUCAACCAUAAAAUGGUAUCCAGUUUGUAAGCGUGACUUUCUUAUUGAUUUUAUUUUAUUGCAUUCUUCAUUAUUGUUCGAGUUUCGCCUUUGACUGUAGCUACGCGAAGAUUGGUUUCACAGCCAUGUGGACUUGCUCGAAGAUUACAUCUAUUGGGGAAAUAGGAUCUAGACCUACUAGUAUCUUUCACAGCAUUUUCUGUCUGUGAAUUUCAGAGACGUAUAAUCGACUGUGACCAUUUAGAGGAACAAAAAAUAUCUGAGCACAUCGAAUAAUGAUUGGCAAAUCCAAUGAUCACUCGU